GUUUCAAACUUUGAAGUUUAGAUUUAUUUCACGCUACAAAGUUACAUGAAAAAUUGUAUUGUCCUUUCAGUACAUACAAUAUAAAAUUAAUAAAUUAAAUUCCUCUUGCAAUGAAAUAUAUUUCGUUUAGUUUAAUAAUAUCCUUAAUUUUUGCUGUAUACGUUAUUAAUACGAUAUGGAAUUUAGCUGAAAUAUUUAUACCGCCGGAAUGUAGUCGUGGCGAAAGAUGUUUUUCUUCAUAUUUAUCAUCCAAUCCUUUGCAACAUUUAGUAUUGUUCACUUCUGUAAAGGAAUAUCCUUACAGAAAUGGAUACUCUGAAGCAGCAGUAAAUAAAGUUCACACAUCUCUAAAGUUUGAUUAUCGUAAACCAGCAAAGAUGGUUGUGAAAUUGAACAUACCUCGCAGUACUAGAAAUAAUGGUUCACUUUAUAUGCAUGCAGUACUUCUGGAUGAGAAUCGCCUAUAUGAUGAUUUUAUUGACAUAUUCCGCCAAGAAGCCGUUCACACAUUGCCGCUUAUCACAUUUAUGGAACCUCAGGCCGAAACAUUUAAUCUUUGGCAAGGAAAAGAUGAGGAAGAAAAGCCUGUUAAGAAGAUAAAACCACACGCACAUAUUUCUACAGUAGCGCCUUUAUCAAUACUAACAGAUAAACUAAAUCUUCCAGCCACAAAGGUUCCUGGUGAAUUAUAUCCGUAUAUGAAGAUACGAAAAGAUAAGUUCCUACCGAUAAUCCAGCACAAUGUUUUGAAGUCUCGUAUAUCUGAUUUACAGUUAUUGACAAGUAAAACUACAGAGGUUAAUAUUACUGUUGAUGUAGCACCAACAUCCUAUGGAGUGUUGCGGCUUGCUUUGCAUGUGAGGCUUGCUCUGGAUCAAUUACAAGGGCUAGGUUUCAGUGAGAAAGAUGUUGAUGAUGUCAAAGGCAUAUUUGCUGACACAAAUCUAUAUCUCCUGUCAGCAACAGUGUUGAUUGCCAGUUGCCAUCUCCUGUUCGACUUCUUGGCGUUCAAAAAUGACGUAUCAUUCUGGAGAAGUAAACGAUCUCUGGCUGGCUUGUCUGCAAGAACGGUGUUUUGGCGCGCAUUUUCUCAACUUGUUAUAUUCUUUUACUUGGUUGAUGAAAAGACUUCAUUACUGGUGCUUGUACCUGCUGGAAUCAGUGCUGUGAUAGAGGUGUGGAAAGUGACGAAAGUGCUGCACGUGCGGGUGUCCGUGUCGGGCGGGCGCGUGCGCGUGUGGCGCGAGCGCUCGGCGGACGCGGGCGAGCGGAGCACGGCGCGCGCGGACGCGGAGGCGAUGCGCUACCUCGCCAUGCUGCUCUACCCGCUGUGCGUCGCCGGCGCGCUCUACUCGCUGCUCUAUGAGCCGCACAAGAGCUGGUACUCGUGGGCGCUACACAGCGUCGUGAACGGCGUGUACGCGUUCGGUUUCCUGUUCAUGCUGCCGCAGCUGUUCGUGAACUACCGCCUGCGCUCGGUGGCCGCGCUGCCGUGGCGCGCGUUCAUGUACAAAGCGUUCAACACGUUCAUAGACGACGUGUUCGCGUUCAUAAUAACGAUGCCGACCGCGCACAGAGUAGCCUGCUUCAGAGACGACCUCGUGUUCUUGGUGUAUCUGUAUCAGCGGUGGUUAUACCCAGUAGACAAGACACGUACGGACACAGCGGCAAGUAUGGACGAGAAUCCGGAAGUGCUAGAACCAGUCAAAUCUAAGGACGACUAGGUACAUAUAAAUUACUAGAAGAAACCAGGUGCACUUAGAAUAAUUAUUUAUUGCUAAUACUAAUUUACACGGUAAUUAAACGCAAUUGUUUUAAUACGACUCGCUUCGUCCAUUUUCCCGUGGUAUUUAGUGUCUAUGUAGCUCUGUUGAAAAGGUUUUAUGAAAAUGUUGAUAUUGGACGCUAUCGUAGUUGAUAUAAGGCAUAUACAGGGUGAUUUUUUUAGCAUUCCAUUAUUCUCUAGUAUAUCAAUUUGAUAAUAAUUCUUAGACAUACGCAGAAACAUCCUCUAUGAUGUUGUAUUGCGUGCUCAAAAGUGUUGUUAACCAAUUUUGAUAAUAAAUGAAUUAGUAUAAUAUGGGAAAAAUAAUAUGUGAAAUUAAAAAAAAAAAAAUACAGUAAAGUGCAUGUGUACAAAAAUGUCAUCACUGAAAUAAAUUUGUAUUCAACUAUGGUUGACAAGUUGUUAAAAUAAUAAACUAAUAAAUAUGUAGGACUCGGGCAAGUAGGACAUACUUAUGUCAAAGGUAUGUGUGUGGGCAGGACAGCAUUUUUUUUGUCUGUGCCAACUAUAAUGAAAAAAAGCUAUUUGUUUUUUUUUUAUUAGUCUGUAUAACGUCACAAAUCACAAUUAUUAUAUCACAAUAUUCAUUAGACUUUUCUCUGAAUAAAUCUAAAUACAAGAGGCUAUAUUUUU